AUGUCGAUAUUACAAAAAAUUGCCGAUAUUGAAGCCGAAAUGGCCAAAACCCAAAAGAACAAAGCCACGAACUAUCACUUAGGGUUAUUAAAAGCAAAAUUAUCAAAACUAAAAGCUCAAUUAAUUGAAGGAGGUACAAAAGGAGGAGGAGGAGAAGGUGAAGGAUUUGAUGUCUCAAAAACAGGAGAUGCAAGAAUUGGUUUGGUUGGAUUUCCAUCAGUAGGGAAGUCUACAUUAUUAAAUAAAUUAACAGGCACAUUUUCUGAAGUAGCGUCAUAUGAAUUUACAACUUUAACUUGUGUACCUGGUAUAUUUAAAUAUAAAGGAGCUAAAAUGCAAUUAUUAGAUCUUCCUGGUAUUAUUGAAGGAGCAAAAGAUGGAAAGGGAAGAGGUAAACAAGUUAUUGCAGUAGCCAAAAGUUGUUCUUUAAUUUUAAUCGUUUUAGAUGUCUUAAAACCAUUAACAUAUAAAAAAAUUAUAGAAAAAGAAUUAGAAGGUUUUGGUAUAAGAUUAAAUAAGAAACCACCAAAUAUUAUUUUUCAAAAAAAAGAUAAAGGUGGUAUUAAUAUAACACACACGGUACCAUUAAAUAAUUUAGAUGAAGAAAUGAUUAAAUCUAUUUGUCAUGAAUAUAGAAUUAUAAAUGCAAAUAUUUCUAUAAGAUGUGAAGCAACUGUUGAUGAUAUUAUUGAUGUUAUAGAAGGAAAUCGUUUAUAUGUACCUUGUAUUUAUGUAUUAAAUAAAGUAGAUCAAAUAACAAUGGAAGAAUUAAAUCUUGUAACCAAACUACCUCAUAAUGUUCCUAUUUCAGCACAUCUAGAAUGGAAUUUAGAUGGACUCUUAGAAGCUAUAUGGAAUUAUUUAGAUUUAGUUCGUAUAUAUACAAAACCUAAAGGACAAAUACCAGAUUAUGAAUCUCCUGUUAUUUUGAAAAAAGAAAAAUGUAAAGUUGAACAUUUCUGUAAAAAAAUACACAGAUCGUUAGUACAACAAUUAAAAUAUGCCCUCGUAUGGGGGAAAUCGGUUAAGCAUAAUCCUCAAAAAGUCGGAAAGGACCACGAGUUGAAUGAUGAGGAUGUAGUUCAGUUGGUCAAAAAAUAA